AUGGCUGAAGAACAGGAGGUGAUCCAAAUAGAGCUCUUAUGUAAGCAGCUCUACGAGUCCCAGGACCCUGUUGUGCGGGAUCAGGCUGAGAUUGCUGUAGUCAGAUUUCAGGAGUCACCAGACACUCUAAGCAAAUGUCAAGCAUUACUAGAGAGGGCAGAUUCGAGUUAUUCUCAACUAUUAGCCGCUACCACACUAACUAAAUUACUUAACAGAUCAACAACAAGUUUAUCUGUGCAGCAACGUCUCGAUAUAAGGAAUUAUGUUCUCAAUUACCUUGCGACGAGACCGAAGCUCGCUAAUUUUGUUGUACAAGCUUUAGUAACUCUAUUUGCAAGAAUAACAAAGCUCGGGUGGUUCGAUAUGGUCAAAGAGGAGUACGUGUUCCACAACGUCAUCAAUGACAUCACCAGCUUUUUACAAGGGUCGGCAGAGAUGUGCACGAUAGGCAUCCAGCUGCUGUCACAGCUGGUUGUCGAGAUGAACCAGGUGUCCGAGGCUGAUGUGAGCAGGUCCUUGGCGAAACACAGAAAAAUUGCAGCGUCUUUUAGGGACGUUCAGCUCCUAGAAAUUUUCCGUCUGGCGUGUUCACUGUUAGGUGCAGCUCGGGGCCGCACGCUCGCCUCCAACCCGUCUGAGGGCGAAGCCCUAGAACACGCCCUACUAUCAGCCCUACUGCGUCUCGCACACAACUGUCUCACGUUUGACUUCAUUGGCACUAUAAGUGAUGAGAGUUCAGAGGAUCUGUGUACGGUGCAGAUGCCGACGUCGUGGCGGCCCACGUUCCUGGAGGCGGGCACGCUAGAGCUGUUCUUCUCGCUGCACGCGGCGGCGGGCGCGGGCGCGGGCGCGGGCGCGGGCGCGGGCGCGGGCGGCGCGGCGCUGGCCUGCCUCGUGCAGCUCGCCUCCGUGCGCCGCUCGCUCUUCUCCAACACCGAGCGCGCCAAGUUCCUCAACCGCCUCGCCGCCGGCGUCAUGCGCAUCCUCGACGACACGCAGAGCCUUUCGGAUCCCACGAAUUAUCACGAGUUCUGCAGACUGUUGGCGAGAAUGAAGUCGAACUACCAACUUGGCGAGCUGGUGAUGGUCGACAACUACCCACGACUCAUUGAGUUGGUGGCCAAGUUCACCGUACAAAGUUUACAGAUGUGGCAGUUCGCCCCCAACUCCGUGCACUACCUGCUGUCGCUGUGGCAGCGCAUGGUGGCGUCGGUGCCGUACGUGAAGGCGUCGGAGCCGCACCUGCUGGACGCCUACGCGCCCGGCGUCACCGCCGCCUACGUCACCUCGCGCCUCGACUCCGUCGCGGUCAUCGUCAGGGACGGGCUGGAGGACCCGCUGGACGACCUGGGCACGGUGGCGCAGCAGCUGGAGCAGGUGUCGGUGAUCGGGCGCUGCGAGUACGCCAAGACCUGCCAGCUGCUGGUGGCGCACUUCGACCGCGCCGCCGCCGCCUACGGCGCCGAGAGCGGCGCGCGCCUGCGCGUCGUGCAGGGUCAGCUGACGUGGCUGGUGUACAUCAUCGGCGCGGCCAUCGGCGGGCGCGCGUCGCUCAACACCAGCGAGGACAACGACGCCAUGGACGGCGAGCUGGUGUGCCGCGUGCUGCGCCUGCUCGACCUCACCGACUCGCGCCUGGCCUCGGGUGGUUGUGAGAAAUUAGAACUGGCAAUGAUGUCCUUCUUCGAAGCAUUCAGAAGAAUAUACGUGGGAGAGCAAGUGCAGAAGAAUAGCAAAGUGUACAGCAGAUUGAGUGAAGUGUUGGGGGUCAACGAUGAGAAUCAACUUCUCAGUGUUAUUAUGAGGAAAAUCAUCACCAACCUGAAGUACUGGGGCGGGUCGGAGCAGAUCAUCGCGCGCACGCUGGCGCUGCUGGGCGACCUCAGCGGCGGCUACUCCUACGUGCGCAAGCUGGUCAAGCUGGACGAGGUGCAGUUCAUGCUGGCGCACCACACGGCGGACCACUUCCCGUUCCUGGGCGUGGGCGCGGGCGCGGCGGAGAUGCGGUCGCGCAGCAUGCUGUACACGGCGCUGGGCCGCCUGCUCAUGGUGGAGCUCGGCGAGGACGAGGACCGCUUCCACGCCUUCAUGAUGCCGCUCACCGCGGCGUUCGAGAGCAUAAUCGGCGUGUUGUCGCCGGCGGAGGGCGCGCUGUUCGCGGCGGAGGAGGCGCGCGCCACGCUGGUGGGGCUCGCGCGCGACCUGCGCGGCCUCGCCUUCGCAUUCAACACCAAGACCACCUACAUGAUGCUCUUCGACUGGAUAUACCCAGUGUACAUAAAAGUGUUACUCCGCGGAAUCGAACUCUGGUACUCGGAACCCACAGUGACGACCCCCGUGCUAAAACUGAUGUCGGAACUGGCGCAUAAUAGAAACCAAAGGCUGCAAUUCGAUGUGAGCUCGCCCAAUGGAAUUUUGCUGUUCAGAGAACUUUCUAACACUAUUUGUGCUUAUGGCAGUAGAAUUUUGACGAUAGAUGUAUGCAAAAAGGACAUGUACGCGAUGAAGUUGAAAGGCAUAUCUCUGUGCUUCACCAUAUUGAAGGCGGCCCUGUGCGGGAACUACGCGAAUUUUGGUGUUUUCAGAUUGUAUGGCGAUGAGGCGUUGGACAACGCUCUGAACAUGUUCGUGAAGCUGCUCCUCAGCAUACAGCCCAGUGAUCUUCUGGACUACCCGAAGCUGUCGCAGACGUACUUCGUGCUGCUGGAGCGGCUCGCGCAGGACCACAUGCCCUUCCUGGCGUCGCUGCAGCCCGACGCCACGCUCUACAUACUCUCCUCCAUCUCGGAGGGGCUCACCGCGCUCGAUACGAGUGUAUGUACGGGAUGCUGCGCCACGCUGGACCACAUCGUCACGUAUCUAUUCAAGCAGCUAGUGCAGAAAUCGAGCAACAAGGUGCCGAACCCGCGCCAGCCGCCGCCGGAGACCAGCAGCAUGUUCGUGGAGGUGCUGCAGCGCCGCCCCGAGAUCAUGCAGCAGCUGCUCGCCACUGUGCUGAACGUGGUGAUGUUCGAGGAGUGCUGCAACCAGUGGUCGAUGUCGCGGCCGCUGCUGGGGCUGGUGCUGCUGAACGAGGAGCAGUUCUCUUGCCUGCGCGCCGAGCUGGUGGCGCAGCAGCCGCGCGAGCGCCAGGCGCAGCUGGCGCAGUGCUUCCACGGCCUCAUGGGCGGCGUCGAGAGGAACCUGCUCACCAAGAACAGGGACAGAUUCACACAAAACCUAUCAAUGUUCCGGCGGGACAUAACAAGCUUACUAAAGGGCAGCUCGGUCACAUCGCCGUCCAUGAACGACAUGAUGACGUCA